GCCAUGUUAUACAACAUUCGCCGCGCCGCGCAAGGAAUGGUGACAGCUUAGGAGCAUGGUAUCACAUAAUGCGGGCACUUGUACUGCACUUCGCCAGAUAUAUUUUGCUCGACCUCCUAUUUCCUGGCCUCCCGAUCCAUCAUCCUCCAUACUCCCGCUUCACGACCAUCGUCACGCCCAAUCGUACGCAAAAGACUUUAUCGACAACCAGUCAGCAUAUCGACCGUCCACACUGCGAUGGACUUUGUCUUCCAAGGCCGCAAAGCUGCAAGCUACGCUGGCGGUGGGCACCCGUCCAACCAUUUUGCGGAAAAAGAGCCUCGCUUGAUUUUCAUGUCUAAAGCCUCGUCCAAGGACUUGACGAAAGGUCUGGAUUCCACCGGACGUUCAAGACUCUGGAUGUGCAAAUAUUUGUGCGAAGGCAGUUUCAAUCAUUUCCUCCACGCUGCAGACAUCAAACAGGCGCACGAUUUCGACAUGAGUGGCUACGAAUUCGACGUAGAUCAAAGUCCACUACUCUGCAACAUCGAUGUUGCGGAGCUGUUCGCUCUCUUGAUCACCAUCUUCCCGAACAUCAGCGUGAAUCCGAGCGGCGAUGCAACGAGUACUGGCAAGGUCCCGCUGAUCAAAGGUCUUCGCUGGAAAAUGCUUGAAGGCUGUCUCAUUAGCCAUGCGCUUAGUCUGGACAUUUGUAUUGCCAACAACGUUCCAAUCCGCAAAGAUGCUCGUACCGUAUCCCGCCUGUCUCCAGAAGAGAGACUGAAGACAUGGUUCCAUUUGUACUUCGAGCUGGAUCCGCAAGCCUCGGUGGGUAUGGUUGGGCUCUGGGGUCUGUUCGAAUGGGCCUUUCAACCCUAUCAAGGCAAGCUAGCUCCUAUUGACGAAGAGCAGUUCGUGAAGUGUCUUUUCAAGACCUUCCCGAACGUCAAGAUGGUUUCGGUCACGACCCACUACGCCGUUAUCCAAGGGCUGGGCGUCAACUCUAAGCCCAUCAAGGCAGACCAGGCACUACAGUCGCGGGCGCGAAAGAAGGUUGAGUCGCUGAUAAAGAAGGGGCUGAUCGCGCCGCCCAAAACGGAGUUUGCAAGAAAGCUGCUUGAAGAUCCAUUGUUCAGCCACUGGCUUGACGAGGGCGGAACAGAACCCGAUCCUAUUGCCGAGCGCCUCCCACGGCAACGGACCGAAUCCCUCGCAAACCAGUCUCUGACGAUGACGAGGCUCUCACCGAGGAGGACGAGGAUGAACCCGAGAGUACCCAAACUUACACCACGCGCAACGCGGCGACGGAGAUUGAAGCUGCUCGUGCGCGAUACCUGGCUCAGCCUCCACCGCCAGUCUAUGAGUCGUCAGCCUCGGAACUGCCAGCCAGUAAGCGCAGACGGUAGUACGGUACUGAUGUGAGAUACCAAGAGCAUUCAAGCUCGCCGUUGGAUGACUUGGCUACAGCUCUAAUGCAUUUCGGAUGGCAAAGGGCAUCAAUGUCAGUACUCGCGCGGACUCGCAGUCCAUCUGACGAUCUCGCGACUACCCAACCAACAGCAUAAUGUAGAGACGCUUCACUAAUCAACACACGCAUUCAUAUCACUCUUGU